AUGGCGUCAAGUUCGUGUUCUAACCCAACAUUUAUCAAUCGACUUCGACGCGAGUGUCUCGAUCUCCAGCAAAAUCCAGUGCCAUUCACUUGUGCUGGCCCAACAGCUGACAGUCUGAAGCAAUGGUUAGUUGUGUUCGAAGGAGCACCUGAUUCUCUCUAUGAAGGUGGCACUUUCUUUGCUUUACUUACAUUUGAUGAUGAUUAUCCAUUCACACCACCUACGUUGGAAUUCAAAACCAGAAUAUAUCAUUGUAAUAUUUAUCAAAGCACGGGACUAGUGAAACAUGAUAUAUUCGACAAAAACUGGUCACCAACAGUAACCAUUCGACAAAUUAUCCAAAAAGUUGCCAAUCUGCUCGUUCAGUGUGAACCUGAUUAUUGUGCUAUGAAAGAACUUGGUUUACAGUACAAACACGAACGUGUUGAUUACGAUCGAAUGGCUCGUCUAUGGACGAAAAGCUUUGCUCGUUAA